CCGGAAAGAUUUCCAGUGGUUCUUCGUAGAUUAUAAAUUUCGGCAUUGUAUAAAAACGAUAACUCACGUUUUUCCCGCUUAGUUGGAAGUUCAGAUUAAAAAAAAUCAUCCAUGAGCCGCUUGAUUGUAAUUGGGGCAUUGCUCCUUCUGAGUGGAGGCAUCCAAGCGGAUUCGCUCGCUCCUGUGAAUGACGAGUUCCAUCGUCCGACAACGCAAAGGCCAGGCAACUCGACGACGCCUUCGCCUAUCCCAACUCGUAAUCGGUGCAAAGGACAGCCAAAUGAUACUUUGUUUCCAUCUAUAAACGACUGUGCAUACUUUGUAACGUGUCAAAAUGGUUUGGAAGUAGAACUCGAAUGCAGACCUGAAGGAACCCUGUUUGAUCAUGUACGCCAAGUUUGUGAUCACCCGGAAUAUGUCGAAUGCUAUGAACAUGAUCGGUGCUCCGUUGAAGAGGACGGAAGAAUCAUCCCGUCGGAGACGUGCUCAAAUUUCAUCAUCUGCCGAAAUGGAUUGAAAAGUGAAGAAAUCACUUGUGUUCCCGCUGGAACCUUGUUCGACUAUCAACGUGGUGUUUGUGAUCAUCCUUCAAACGUCGUAUGUUGGGGUUCAUCCAGUCCAAACUUGUGCAUAGGAAAACCGGAUGGAGCUUUGGUGCCGUCUGUUGAAUGUUCAAACUUCUUCGUGUGUAAGAACGAGGAACACGACGAAGAAAUUACCUGCGUCCCUGAAGGGACAGUAUUCGACUAUCAACGAGAAGUUUGUGAUUUUCCGGAAAACGUCGUGUGCUGGACUCCGGGUAGUGGAACUACUCCUGGACCGGAUGUUACCACUGUAGCGCCCACGAGACCACCUCAUCCGGGAGAUCUUCCGCCAGGCAUUUGCCGAGGAGUUGUUAUCGAUGCCAUGCCACAUCCCAGGGAUUGCACUAAAUUUAUCGUCUGUGUUCUUGGUCAACCCACGGUAAAUCAGUGUCCCCCAGGGCACAUCUUUUAUCCUCAGUUUAGAGUGUGUGGAUACGGAAAUACUGAAACUUGUCAGUUCGAUCCACGAUGGGUCGAGGAACAUCUUCAAAAACACGAUCUAGUUGAAGAAUAGACUAAUAAACAAUGAUUUGCAUGAA